GCAACAAAGAUACAAAGCGAGGAUGUCCUUAGCAUCAACAACAACAACAACAUCAACAUCAACAUCAGCAACAACAUCAACAUCAGCAACAACAUCAACAUCAACAACAGUAACUUGGCCAGCUUGAAUACAGUCAACAACAACACAAGCAACAACACAAGCAGCAGCAGCAGCAGUAGUAGUAGCCACAAAAUUAUCCUUGAAAACUUAACCGACGACAAAAAUUUGUUUCAAUAUCAACAGCAGAGCCAAUUACAUCCACAACAACACAAACAACAACAACAACAAACGCAACAAAACACAAAUUUGAUUCUGCCAUCAUCAUCGUCAACGUCUUCAACAUUAGCCGUAUCUCAAGAUCCCACCAGCCAAUCGAAUAGUUGUCCAAGUUUGAAACCAGCCAAUAGAAAUGAAGCAGCGAGAGUCGAAGCAGUUGAUUGGCCAAUAAAAGCUGAAAUAUCAAAUGAUGCACUCCUGGCACGCAGUUCAAUCGGUUACUACACUGAAAAUCAGUUACUCGACUGCCAUCUGUUGAACUCCUCCAACCAAUCACAUUACUCGAUGCCCCAUGCCACCACAAAUCUGACCAAUCAGAACGUGAGACGUCACAUGGCUACCCCGCUCAGCUACCAAGAACAUGCAGGGAUGUUCCUGUACAACCAGCCAUUAGAUAUGAGGUCUUCGUUGGGCGCGAAGGUGAUUGGCCAGGUUGAUUAUUACCCCAGCCAAUCAGAUCACCAGCCAUCUUUACAUCAACUACAAACUUAUAAGAAACAACAUCCACAACAACAACAACAUCAACAACAACGUCCACAACAACAAUAUGCAAUUUCGCGACAAAAUGCUUCCAACUACAACAGCAGCGCCAGCAACAAUGACUGCAGCAACUCCCAACAUGACCUUGACUAUUUCAACAACUAUCAUCAUCAUCUCCUUCAUCAUCAUCAUCAACAACAACAACUGCAACAACAUCAGCAACAACAACAUCAACAUCGUCACCAACAACAGCAUUCGCUCAACAAACAUAUAUAGAUUCUUAUAGAUAUCCCCAAUUAAAUUACGAUUAAACACCGUUCAACUUUUUGAAAUUUAAACUCAACACCAUGGUUAUCUGGUUGUUUGAUUUUGAUUAACAUAAAUGAAGAACAGACAAAAA